AUGGCCCCUCCCAGUAGCGAAGGGGUCGAAUACUACGACAUUCCCGACUUUUCCUUUUCCAACGGGACGACACUGCACGACGUGCGGGUGGCAUAUCGCAGCUUCAACGCGUCGUCGCGGGCGGGGGUGGUGUUGAUCCCGACGUGCUACGGCGGGCACGUCAACACGACGCUCACCUUCACGUCGGCGCCGCACGACGCGCUGGCGGCGUACCACGUGGUCGUGGUGGCGAUGCUCGGCAACGGCGAGAGCUCGUCGCCGUCGACGAAACCGUUUUUCCCGCUGCCGGGCGAACUGCGCUACCAGGACGUGGUGCGGGCGCAGCACGCGCUGCUGACGGCGCACCUGAAGGUCACGUCGCUCGAGGCCGUGGUCGGGUUCAGCAUGGGCGGCCAGCAGGCGUACCACUGGGCCGUCAUGUACCCGGGGUUCGUGAAGCGGGUCGUGCCCAUCUGCUCGUCGGCUCGGACGAGCCUGCACAACUACGCAUUCCUCGAGGGGCCCGUGGCCGCGCUGACCAACGCCAUCGACUACGUCGCCUGGAAGGCCAUGAGGACCAAGCUCGCCAACGGCGAGGACGUCGGCGCCAACCUGCGCGAGCUCACGCCGAAACACGGCCUGCGCGCCUUCGCGAGGGCCUACGCCGCCUGGCUGACGAGCACCCGCUGGUUCCGCGACCGCGAGUUCAGAAACGCGGGCGUCUUCGCCGCGGACUCGGUCGAGGACUGGUUGGCCAAGAGGGAGGAGUCGAUGUUGUCGUGGGACGCCGACGACCUGCUUGUCCUCGCGAGGAUGUGGCAGAUGGGUGACGUGGGGUUGGUCGUGCCCGAGUCAGACUCAGACUCGACGACGACGACGACGACGACGAAACUCAGCCAGCUCGGUGGCGCAGUGCCAGACGAUGACUUGUACGUCAAGGCCCUCGAGAGCAUCAAGGCCAAGGUCCUGCUCAUGCCGUGUCGAACGGACCAGUAUUUCCCGCCCGAGGACUCGGAGAUUGAAGUCAAAUAUCUCAAACGUGGAACUCUGGCCGUCAUAGAAUCCACGUGGGGACACACUGCCGGCGGAGGGUUGAAUGCGAAAGACGUCGAGUUUAUGAAUGGCAAGAUAUCGGCAUUCAUCAAGGAAUGA